CUAUUACCGCCUAAACAUCCCUCUCUCUUCUUUCCCUCCAUCACCGCCCAACCGUAUUGAUCCUUUUACAGCUCUUUCUUCUUCUACUUCCAGUUCCAUCGCAGAUUUGCACUUUCCUCUGGGAGCAUCUGCCUCGAUAACAUUAUUGACCCUGUCGCGACACGAUACCAACUUUUUUUCACGAUUGCUAGACGAAGCUAUUCCGGGCUGCAUGCCUUUUUCUAACCUAUUCUUGAUCAUCCAGCCCUGCGCCUGCGACCAACUUCAGCCCUGUCCACGUUAAUCAUACAAUGUUUUCGCCGUCCGCUCAAGAAGGCGGUCCCGCCACGGCCACCCGAAGCCGUCGACGUCAACGGCCUCUCAGCUCCGAUAAUAUGGUCCAACCCCCGAAAGCAAAGCGCCAGCGCCUGCCUUUGACCGAAACGACUUUCGUUAACCCUGAUGUACCCCCUGAGACCUACGAAGUAAAGGCGGAUAAGGGUGCAAACCUCGAUUUGAGGCAAGAUGGGUUUGGGUUUGAGAGCCAGCCGAUUCCCAAGAAAGAACUCAGUGUUCGGGCAAAGCGACCCAAACAUGUUGAACGUACGGCCAAAGGAGAUGGAAGCGUAGUCUUGACAACCAACAACGCCUACACCGUUAGCAAGCUCCCAGCUUUGCCAGACCGGAUUCGCGCAGAUGCAACAGGACAACAACAUGCCGAGAUCUGCUCCAACGGAUAUGCCCUCGCACUCACCCACACACAUGCUAUCGUCUGGCCCUACACCAGCCCGACGCAGUCCCCUGAGGCCUUCACGUUUACGCUUCCCUAUCCCUCCAAACAUGCAACCGACCCUUUACCAAUUGGUUGCUUGGUAUCACCAUCUGCCUCGUCUUCAGAACCCGGCCUUGUGGUAGUCAUGCCUGUCAGCGGGAAGAUAACUUAUUGGGAGUCCAUUUCAAGUGCUGCUACCCUGGAUUUCAUGCGACAGCAACGCCAUGGUAUCGAGGGCUCAAUUCCGGGCCUAUUUUCCGGGGAGAAAGUUGUCCAAAUUACCAACGCCGAGUCCGCAGGCUUCAUUCUGACCUUUACAAGCGGGAGGCUGGCCUACAUGAGCGUCCGUGACGGUCACGGCAGACCUUUGGUUUCGAUCCAGUUCCUACGGACCAGUAUCAGUUCCAACACUGGAGGCAUCUUUGGCAGCAUCCGUCAUGCGCUGGCUCCUUCCGCGGGUCGUGGGGAGAUUGCGGCUGUCCGGGCCGACCGGAGCCACCGAAUUGGUGAGCGAAACAUCGUUGCCGCAACACUCAAGGGCAAACUGUACGCAUGGAGAAUUCACCGUGGAGGACACAACGACAACAUCGCCGAGGCGGACGUUCGGCAACAAAUAACGGACGCCAUUCGGGAAGUCGACCCAAAGAUGAGCACCGAUUCUCACCCUGAUGCUUUCGAGAUCGUCGACUUCACCUACGUACCUCAGGGCAUCGAGUCUAAAUAUCAAGAACUCAGUAGGCUGAGUGACGCCAUGGCGUCUAACGACGCCAGUCUUCAGCACCUACUCCUUCUUGUCAGCCUCUCGAAGAAGGAAUCCCACUACUCCUUGGUGGAGGUCAUUCUCUCACCUUCCGGCCCACGAAUCGGCAUGGUGCGGCCUGUCACGUCUUACCGGUCUCGUUUCACUCCCGCGAGCUCAGACCUGUCCAUCAGGCCUCGUCUGCAUCUUCCCCGCCCAGCACUUGUUGCGUUCGUGGUUUUCGACAAAGCCGUCGUCAUCGCAUCGAUAGCAUGUCCGCCCGAGUCGCCGGACGCGCAACUCCAGGAAGACAGUCACAUUAUACCACCGACGUACGAAGAUGUCCUAAGCCUGAGCGACAACAAUGUGGCUGGAAUUGUCGGUUCUGGUUUUGAGGAACCCUAUGCGGCAGAAAAUAACCCCGAAGACGCAAGGAGUAUCCGCCAUAAGACAAAGAAUCCAUCGGCAGUUUUCCUAGUUCGAGGCACCGGUAUCCUUCGGCUGACAACGACCGACAUAGACCGCUUUGCUAGUGACAAGCCGCCAAAGGUCGACGCGAAGAGCAAGCUGGAACAGGCCGUGUUCUUCGGAAACAAACAGGACACGCCUCUCAGUUUCGCCAACCAACGGGGUAUCCAAUUUUCCAACAGUGAGAUGGCGGAAGCGGCAUUACAACUGAGCCAUGAGAUUCUCAGCUCCUCCCUAUUGCAUAUUUCUACUGUGCCCGCGUCGCUCGAGGAUAACCUCCGGAGUCGCACAGCUGCCCUCGAGAGGCUCAUGUAUCACCUCAGGGCGAUGAAGGUUCAGCUCGAUCGCCGCACGCGAUGGGUUCUCCUGUCACAUGCAGAAAAGAUGGCGGCGUCGACAGUUCUCUGGAAGCGACACGAGUCUUUUACACACGACCGGCCUGCGAACAGUAAGAAGGAUCUGAUGUCGGAGAUUGUGGAGUUCAUCCACCAGAGCGAGAAGAAGGUGCCUAACCGAAAUGUCGGAGAGGUUGACCGGGUGCGACAUUGGUUCAUCCAUGAUGUGGCCAAUCUUCAUAUCUUUGUUGCUUGGGCCUACGAGGUUAUCAAGUAUAUGUACAAAGACCACAUACUCGACGACGUUCAUAUCACUCGCCUCAUCCACGAGGCGGUUCAGGUCAACCUGAUCUCGCUGAACGCGGCUCUGGAAUACAGGACGGACAAACUAGCUUUCUACGGGCUCCAAAAUGAGGACUUGGAGUUUGGCAUUCUGCGAUCCGAUUACGAAGACUUGCCGGAGUUCUGGACAAGCUCCAGUUUCAUCACCAACAACCUAAAGCGACUAUUGGAGCUGUGCCACCAAUGGCUCGAUCAGUAUUCGCCUCCCAAAGAGGGGCCCAAGCAGCCCGAUCCGCAACUGAUCGAAAAGAUCAAAACCGAAGUCGGCCCUCUCACGGACUGCUACCUCCUUGCCUUGCUGGAGCAGUCUCGUUGGAGCUCCGCCCGCCAGGAUGAAAAAUCAGGCCAAUGGGCGCAGGAGUGCGCCAAACUUUACGCUACCGAUAAAUACGACAAGAUUCUCUCUUUGCUUCGCCUAGGGAAGUGGGAUGAGAGCGUGGCCAUUGCCGAGAAGCAUCGGUCCUGGAGGGCACUGGCUGUCUCCUUGAUUGAGCAGGUCCAUGGCUUGAGGAAGGAAAUCGAGCUGGUUGCUUCGUCCAGCGACAUUGCGAGUCUCUCUGCCAAGGCGGAUCUCAAAGAAUCGCAGAUUGGAAAGUAUUUCGACAAGUAUGGCGAGCCUUUUGCCUUCCCCACAUAUGACAUCUUGUUGGAGAACGGCAGUGUCCGGUCUGUGCUGGACUUCCCCUAUGACCGACACGGCUACAAGACCAGGUUUCUGAGGAAGAGGCCCGAGCUCGCCCGUAUUUCGUGGAUUAACGACAUUCUGGAGGAAAAGGAUGCUGGCCAUGCUGCCGAGACGCUUCUCGACUUGGGCCUCACUCGCGAGCAGCAGGUAUGGUGCAAGAAGAUCGAGCUGAGCAUGGCAAAACUGGCUUUGUUGGCCGAGGCCGAGCAGCCGCCAAAGCCUAGCCUGUUCGGGCCGUCACGACGUGCCGAUGGCUCAGUCCGUAUCAAUGACGAGGAAAAGAAAGAGGAGCAGCUGGACAAGGUCGACAGAGAGCUAUCCAUUAUCAAGAUUCAGAAUGACCUCUUCAGGCACAUCUAUCCCACCAUUCGCACAGCAGUGGACGACACGGCAGCGCUACAGCUUGUGAUGGAGAGCCACUGCCUCAACAUCCCACGAAAACAGAAAACACUGACCCACAUCUUCGAGAACGGACUGAAGCGGCUUAUCCAGCAUGAGGCGCUCGAUCCCUGGACCCUCAUCGACCUCCUCACACUCAUCGCGAUCAAACCAGAAACCGCCGCGGACACGCAGGAUCCGUUCUACUUGGCCCUCCAGGUCGCGAAAUGCGGCCUCAACGGCGAGGACCUGAAAUUGGCAGACCGGCUCAUUUGGAGGCGCUGCUUCAUACGGGAUGACUGGCUCAAACUCAACGACACUCAACUUAAAGACGACACACAGGUUGAGGAGAUGCUCGGUGAGACCACACUCUUCAGCGCGUUGCUGUCUUGCUACCAUGGACAGACGGUCGAAGACCCAUUCCAGCCGUUGCGUCCCUCCGAAGCACUGGGGGUAUUCGUAGACAGCUUGGACCGCCGCUUCAACGACAUGGACAAGUCCUUCAGGGACAAGCUCGUUGAGGCCAUGAAGUGGGAGGAUUCUGUCCUUUUGAAAUACAUCGAGAAGGCAAGGCUUGAAAAAUGGACACGGGAAGCAGCCGAGAACGCUCAGGCCAUUGUGGUAGACUUGGUCGAUGAGGAAACAAAGGCAGGUGCCGCGGCCAACGGCGACGUGCGAGGUUUUGAUGAGGAUAUUAAUCCUCGGCAGUUGAAUGGAAAAGCAAACGGCCAGCACCAAUAGGUGCACUGGACGGAGAGGAAAAUCGAUCAAGCUUCUUUUCCUUUCGUCGUUGAAGUGGAGAACAGGCUAGGUUCGUCGCAUUCGACAAACCUCAGAACAACGGCAAGCGGACAAGGCGUUUUGUUUUUCCCGGCGUUUUUAUUUGUACUAUAUCGACGCACCCACCACGGGCGGGCGUUGAGGUGUCACCCCGCCUUCUUUAUUUCUUCGUUCGUUUUUUCCCCUUUGUAUUUACUCUUCUCGAGUAUACACGUUAAACCUUCGGAACGGUCUCCUUAUACUGCCGCGGUAGUGGGAAGGGGAACAUGGCUUCGCCAGGAGCUGGCAGAUAACACAGAAGCGGAUGUGAAAGAAUUCAAGACAGGCUGGCCGGUCACUCUAUAACAGCAGCAGGCCAGCAGGAAUGCGAGAUAUAUUCAGCCAACGACUCUCAUGGGAGUGCUCUAUCUUAAAUAGUCAUUGUCGCGGCGCGACUCGCCGAC